AUGGCUCUCAUCCCGUCUCAGGUGCUGCGGGUCGCCAUCCUGCUCUCCUACCUCUCUAUCCUGUGCAGCUACAGAGCUCUCGAUAUCCCGGCCCACCAGACCUACGGAGGCAGCUGGAAGUUCCUCACGUUCAUUAACCUGGUUAUCCAAACUGUAUUCUUUGGGAUCAGCGUCCUAACGGAUCUGUCCAGCCUCCUGACCCAAGGCUCUGAUGACCAAGAACAACAGAGACAACUGAGGAAGUUGAUCUCCCUUCGGGAUUGGCUCAUGGCUGUCCUGGCAUUUCCUGUUGGUGUGUUGGUUGUGACGAUGUUCUGGGCUCUGUACCUGUAUGAUCGAGAACUGGUUUACCCGAAAAUAUUGGACAACUUUAUACCACAGUGGAUUAACCAUGGCAUGCAUACCACAGUCCUUCCCUUCAUUCUGAUUGAAAUGAGGACAACUCAUCAUCAUUACCCAAACAGAACGACAGGCCAGGCUGCCGUUAGCUUCUUUUCCACUGGAUAUAUUCUAUGGUAA